AUGAAAGAUGUUGUCUACUGGGUGUCAGAAGCUUGGGAUAACGUUAGGGAGGACACUAUAAGAAGGUCAUGGCGCAAACUUUUCGGAAUUGAAAAGGCAAGCCGCCAAGAGACAGCUGCUCCUGAAAACCAGCCCAAGAUGGCUGAGCCCAUCAGUGCAGAGGACAUCAGUGAAUGGAUCAAUGGAGAUGAGGAUCAGGCCCUAACUGAUGACGUGAUUAUCCAGAUGCUCAACCAACCAGAAGAUGAUGACAAGGAGAAGGGCCAGCGACAAGCAAGAAACGAGAGGAGGAGAGCAGUCGACGCCCGACAAUGGAGUGACGGCGGACAGGAGACAUGCGUCAGCAUAUUGUGCGGGGUUCCGGCUCGGACCCAGCGGCAGGUGAGUAUCCUCAGUCUCCUGGACGACCCCAAGUUCGAGCAUUUCAAACCUGUAAUGGAUGCUUACAUUGAGGGACAUUUUGCUGCUGCUUUAGUGUACAAAGGGCUGCUGACCAGCGUGAAGCACUGUGCCACAUGGGUUAGUGCCACUCAUGACCAAGAGGCCAUCAAGAAGUGUUUCCGCUCACUGGAAUAUAUGUUCAAAUUCAUUAUCGAGUCACGGUUCCUGUUCGCACGAGCCACUGGCAAUCAGUACGAGGACAGCUUCAAGCGCGACUUGCUCAGUGUGUUGACAGCUCUCAACAGCAUGUUGGUCCGCACCUAUGAUGUCAUCAUGGAGACUCAGAUUGCGCUUCUGCACAGUAUUUCGGCUGUGUAUGACCAGCUGACUCGUGUGCUACCCCUAGUUGAGGUGGCCAAACUGGCAUCAGAUAUGUUGGAUAGUCUGCCCAGCCGAGCUUCCGACUUACCCUCACAGCUGACUCAGGCUAAACUGGUGGCCAUACGGAACAUGGUCGCCAGUAAACUAUUCAAAUACGAUGAUGAGUCACGGUAUCUGCUGCUGAAGACAUGCUGCAAGCACCUGAGGAUGCAUCUGGCUCACAGGGAUGAACUACGGCUGUGCUCCGAGAUCCUGACUGAGAUCCUCUCCUACAUUUACCAGCAGCAGAGGCUUGAGCAGGUCAACGGCAAGGUCAACAACAGCCUACACUUGGACCUGGAGAUUUUAUGUCGAGACACUCUGGACAUGUUGAUACAGACUGUACUUAUCAUCAUAGAUCGCUCCCCUCCAGUCCUUGGUGGACUGGUGGCCUGUCUCAUAGGCCUGCUGCAGCUACUGGAUGAAUUCCACUACAAGAAACUGUGGGAAGAGCUGCGUGAGAGGAAACCACUGAAGGACUUCCUGCUGCGGGCGUUCCUUGUUCUGCGGAUGUUGGUGCGACAGGAUGUGUUCCCACCAGACUGGAUGGUCAUGAAGAUGGCAGCCAACCACGUGAUACUGGGCGCUCUCCGAGAGUUAGCUCAGCCGUUGAUACUACGCUUCCUGGACACUAGGUGUCACUUUGACAAUCAGGUUUGGACAGAGUAUUUUAAUUUAGCUGUAGCAUUCCUAACCCAGCCGUCAUUGCAAUUAGAAAAAUUUAGUGAAGUUAAGCGAGGCAAAAUUGUCUCAAAAUAUGGAGACAUGAGGGAGAAGAUGGGGUUCCAAAUACUCUCAGUCUGGUCUAAAUUGGGUGAACAUAAAAUAAACUUCAUCCCUUCAAUGGUAGGACCAUUUCUCGAAGUGACAUUAGUACCUGAACCGGAAUUGAGGAAAGCGACUCUUCAUAUUUUCUUUGAUAUGAUGGACUGUGAACAGAGAGUUCAUGGAAACUUUAAGCAGGUGGAGUCUGAGCUUAUAGAUAAAUUAGAUAUCUUGAUCAGUGAUAAUAAAGGUGAUGAUGAAUACAGACAGUUAUUCAAUACCAUGGAACAUCUAAGUUCUGUAUUGCUCGAGAGGGUACAAAAGGAAGAUCCAGCAUGGAAAGAGAACGGCUCAGCAUUCAUCACAUCGGUGACAAGAUUACUGGAGCGUCUACUGGACUACAGGAGUGUCAUACAGGGCGAUGAAAACAGGGAUAAGCGGAUGUCCUGUACCGUCAAUCUUCUGAACUUCUACAAGAACGAGAUCAAUCGCAAGGAAAUGUACCUACGCUAUGUGUACAAGCUGCAUGCACUGCACGUACCAGCUGACAACUACGCAGAGGCAGGGUUUACACUCAAACUGUAUGCGGACUCACUGCAAUGGAGUGCACGGCCUGUGGUAGCAGACCCUCUGGCCCAUCUUGACCAGCCCGAAUGGCACCGCAAGGAACAGCUGUACCACCAGAUAUUGCAGUACUUCGACAAGGGCAAGUGCUGGGAACAAGGCAUCCCCUUGUGUAAGGAAUUAGCCAAUCUGUACGAGAGGAAGCUGUUUGACUACAAUAAGCUGAGCCACAUACUGCAGACUCAGGCCAAGUUCUGUGACAACAUCCUGACGCUGCUCAGGCCUGAGCCUGAGUACUUCAGGGUGGGCUUCUACGGCCUCAGUUUUCCACUCUUUCUGAGGAACAAAGUGUUUAUCUACAGGGGCUUGGAGUAUGAGAGGAUAGAGGCUUUCACACAGAGACUACUGACUGAGUUCCCAUCUGCACAGAUAAUGGCCAGGAAUAGUCCUCCAUCACACGCUGUGCUGCACUCUGACGUCCAGUAUAUCCAAAUCUGCAAUGUAAAACCGCUUCCUGAUAGUGGCCCCCCUCAGGAUGAACCUCCCCUUGCUUCAGUGCCAUUUAAAGUCGCCCGGUUUUACCAGGUGAACCAGGUGUCCCGGUUCCAGCUGGAUCGUCCUGUGCACAAGCCACCGAUUGACAAAGAGAACGAGUUUAAGAGCUUGUGGCUGGAGAGAACCUUGUUGGAGAUUGGCAGUCCACUGCCAGGUAUCCUGCGAUGGUUUGAGGUAGUACACACGUCUGUGGAGGAAGUGCCACCUGUACAGUUUGCUUGUGAGACAGUGCACAACGCCAACAGUAAGCUUAACCAGCUGGUCGCAACAUACAUUGCAGAUCCCAAGCGGAACGUCAACCCCCUCAGCAUGAGGCUUCAGGGCAUUAUAGAUGCCAACGUGAUGGGUGGAAUUGCCAAAUACCAAGAGGCAUUCUUCACUCCGGAGUUUAUGAGGAGUUGUCCCAACUCUGCUAACCACGUUCAGAGACUGUACUCUCUCAUUAUGGAACAGGUUGAUAUUCUGACCAGUGGUUUGGUGGUCCAUGGACAGUUGGCGCCACCAGAGGUGCAGCCACUUCAUCGGCGACUCCAAGAACGGCUGGACCACCUCAAAGUUAGCAUUAAAAGACCAAUGGACAGCAUUGUGAACACUCCACUCCCUCCAGUGCCAUCUGCUGAUCAGUACUGCAAUACUGUGGGAUACAGUCACUUUAGCGCCCAGGAGGAUGACAUUUACAGCAAGCCUUUGGAACUGAUGGCAGAGACCCUGGAAGGUAGAGACUCCCCGCCACCUGCCAUCCCUCUCAGACCCCGUUCAGGUGGCGCCAGUAAUGGAGAAGUGAGCAGCAAGCGAUCAGGGCUUGGACAUCAGCGUUCCCUCAGUCGAGUACAGUCUCAGCGACUAUCGGACGGAGGGGACAGUGGACAGAUGGAGGAGGCUCCACCACUCCCUCCUCGCACAACUCCAGAUAAAAGGAACAGUGGAGAGGUACCACCUGCUCCCCCGAAAAGACUGGCUUGUCGUAAGGUAAGUGUGGACCAGCAUUAACUUGCACAUAGUGUU